AUGUCAUCUGCAGGUCAAAAGAGAAAGAGAUCGGAAGAAUCUCCGUUGACAAGACAAGAUGGCACGCAGCAGCCCACAGGGUCCACUCUACUGCGUAAUUCUGACGAAGCAUCUUUUCCAAGAGGUGGUGCUAGUGCUUUAACGUCACUGGAACUCAAACAGGUUGCCAAUGAAGCUGCCAGUGACGUUUUGUUCAAGGCAGACGUUAGCGGAACGCCUGCUCCAAAGGAAAACCCAAGACCUAAGAAGAAGAAGAAGACCGCUGGUGCUUCCAAACAAGGUGCUUCGACCUCGGCAGACGCUGAAGAGGGCACCGUGCCAAUCUCAGAGCAUCUAACUUUCAAAAACCUGCCUGAGGGUACCAUACUCUUGGGUCAAAUCAGCAAAGUCAACAAGCACGAUCUUUGCGUGUCUCUAUCAGAUGGUCUGUGUGGGUAUGUUACUUUACCGAAUAUCUCUGGACCGUUCACAAAGAUAUUGGAGGACCUUGAUGAAGCGAUGCAAAGCGACGAAGAAGACAACAAUGCUAGCGAUGUCUCUGACGCUGAAUACGACAGCGAUGAGGAUGAAAAACAUAAAGUGCAACGUCAAGCGACCAAGUCCAAGGAAUUACCAAACUUGGAAAACUUUUUCUGCGCUGGGCAAUGGCUCAGAUGUGUUGUACAAUCGAAUUCGGCCUUCGACAACAAUAAUAAAAAAACAAAGAGAAUCGAACUUUCGAUUGAGCCCGAAGCCGUCAACAAGUUCAUAGAGGAAGACUUGGUCAGGAACUGCACACUUCAAUGUGCUGUGAAAAGCAUAGAAGACCAUGGUGCCAUCCUAGACGUUGGUGUUGAAGGCAUAAGCGGCUUUAUAUCGAAAAAAGACUACCCUGAGCAUUCGAGCUUGCAAGAGGGCCAAGUAUUUUUGGCCAAUGUCGCCAAAAGGUCUACCAGAACCGUCACAGUCAAUUUCGAUUUCAACAACAAGAAGUCCAAAAUUACUCAAAUAUCAUCGAUCGAUGCCGUGAUCCCAGGUCAGGCGGUUGACUUUCUUUGCCAGAAAAAAACCUCCAAUGGAUUUAUCGGAAAGGUCUUUGGUAUGGUCAAUGGUUUUUUGAAUAUAUCUCACCAGACAAAGUUUCAAGCAGCUGUCGUCGACGACCAAACACACUCCGUCGGUAACAAUUUCAAAGCAAGAAUCAUAGCAUCUCUUAUCAACAAGGCUGGUGAGAAAACUGUUCUUAUGUCUGAGUCAUCACACAUUUUGUCACUUAAACCAUCUUGUCUCGAAAAUGAAGCACUAGAAGCGUUCCCAGUGGGUCACAUUUUCGAGGAAUGUCAAGUCAAGGAUCGCGAUUCUCAGUUCUUCUACCUGGCCUUGAACAGGGAUAGUAUGGGGCAAGUCCAUAUAUCUAAAACAGGGGGGGAAGACCCAACGAAUGGAAUCUCAGCGCGUGUGAUAGGAUACAAUAACUUUGACGGGUACUACCAGUUGUCAACAGAUCCCGAAACUUUGAAGGCUUCAUACCUCCGGGCUGUCGACAUUCCACUCGGAACUAUUCUUCCCGCGUGCGAGAUACAAGAAGUAUCUGAUAAGGGUAUUAAAUUGAGCAUUAUGGGUGGUCAAUUCCAGGCAACUGUUCCCCCAUUCCAUAUAUCAGACAUCAGACUGGUUUACCCCGAAAGAAAAUUCAAGAUCGGUUCAAAAGUCAAAGGUUUGCUGAUAAGCAAUAACAGUAGAGGCCAUUUAUUCGUUUCGUUGAAAAAAUCACUUGUCAACCUUGAUCUGGAUGAGGUCAAAACCGCUUCUAGCUUUGAAGACGUCGAGCAACUCUCAUCGAGUGGAUCAAAGGUAGCUGCAACCGUCGAAUUUUUCAAGACCAACGGUUGUGUCGUUUCUUUCAUGGGUGGAUUGAAGGGCUUCCUACCAAGUAGUGAAAUUUCUGAAGCGUUUGUCAAGCGGCCUCAAGACCAUUUAAGAUUGGGUCAAACUGUGAUCGUUAAGAUUUUGGAUCAUGACAAGGCCAGGAACAGGUUGGUCGUGACGUGCAAAGUCUCGAACGAAGCUGCGUCUCAGCAAAAGGAAACGAUUGAACGCAUGGAGGUUGGUAGGUCGAUUAUCAAAGUCGCAGUGGUGGAGAAAACAAAAGACUCUGUCGUCGUUGAAGAAUUGAAAUCUGGUUUGCGCGGGGUGAUUUAUGUCGGACAUCUUUCGGAUUCCAGAAUAGAGCAGAACAGAGCUUUACUAAAAGGUGUAAAGAUCGGUAAUGAAUUUGACGGUUUGGUGAUCGAUAAGGAUGUCAGGACCAGAGUUUUCAAUUUAUCUUGUAAACAGUCCUUGAAGAAGGACGCAGAGAAACUUUGGCUACCUUUAACCUAUCAGGAUGUCAAAGAAAAAGGUACAGAAAAGCCCAUGCAUGGAUACGUAAAGUCCGUUUCUGAAAAGGGAGUCUUCGUUGCUUUCAACGGGCAGUUUGUGGGGUUAGUGUUGCCCAGCUAUGCUGCCGAUAGUCGUGACGUUGAGCUGUCUCUCAAAUACUACGUUAAUCAGUCAGUGACGGCUUACUUGCUGAGGACCGACGAUGAGCAUGAGCGUUUUCUUCUAACAUUGAAAAAACCUAAAACUGGAGAUGCAUCAAAAGCAUCCCAUGAAAGCAGCGUUAGGGCGCUCAACCCCGUCGACUCUACGAUAGAGUCUCUUGAAGACUUCAGUGUAGGAAGAAAAACGAAAGCGGUGAUCAAAGCGGUGAAAAGGAAUCAAUUGAAUGUCGCUGUUGCUGACAACCUACAUGGUGCGAUCGACGUUUCCGAAGUGUUCGACAAUUACGAGAGCAUAGGCGACGUGGGGAAUCCUCUCAGUAAGUUCCAGAAAGGCGACGUACUCGACGUCAAGGUUAUUGGUCAUCAUGAUGUGAAAACUCACAAGUUUCUACCCAUUUCUCAUAAAUCAUCAAAGAAUGUUCUUCUGGCAUUGACGGCCAAAAAGAGUCGUUUGGAAGGUGCUGAUUCCCUUAAGUUAGAUGAUAUCAGUGUGGGAGAUUUCGUUGUGGGCUUUGUCAAUAACAUCAUGAAAGACAUUGUCUGGCUGACUGUGUCUCCAACAAUUAAGGCAAAAGUGAACUUUCUCGACCUUUCGGACGAAGGUUUACGGGAGAACGGGAACAUUGAAGCAGCCUUUCCUCUGGGAUCUGCCCUAAAGGUUAAAGUCACUCACAUUGACAGAGACCGCAACACUCUAGGCGUAACGGGAAGAUCUCAGACGAUAGCUACUUCUUCUGAAGUUUCUGUAGGUCAAAAACUACCUGCAAGAAUUCUCAACGUGGCGGACAGCUAUGUUUUGUUGGAACUUGGCGAGAAAGUCAAAGGUGUAGCAUUCAUCACAGAUGCAUUAGAUGACUAUUCGCAGUCACUCAAAAACGCGUUAGGUUCUCAAAGAAACUCGAUCGUGUCUGCCACCGUCAUAUCCAAUAAUGACAACAAAAUCAACCUGUCGCUGAGGUCAGAAGAUGCCAAGGACGGAAAAGCCACUUCCCAUAAGGCUCUGAAGCAGGGCGAUGUUGUGCGCGGUUUUGUGAAAAAAGUCACCGAUAAAGGUGCUUUCAUUUAUUUGAGUAGUAGCCUGCAAGCUUUUGUUCCUGUUAGCAAGCUAACAGACUCUUUCAUAAAGGACUGGAAGAAGUUCUUCAAGCCAAUGCAAGCGGUUAUCGGGAAGGUUGUUAAUUGUGAUGAUGAUGAGCGCAUCCUUGUGACUUUGAAGGAAUCCGAAGUGAAUGGUGAUCUCAAAAUUUUGAAAAGCCACGCUGAUAUCAGCGUGGGAGAGGUAUACGAGGGGACAGUCAGAAGUGUUACGGAUUUCGGCUUGUUUAUUAGACUUGACAAUACCAUGAAUGUUACGGGUCUGGCGCAUAAAACUCAAAUUGCAGACAGCAAAAUCGACAAUCCUUCAUCAUUAUUUGGACUGGGUGACAAAGUGAAGGCGAUAGUUUUGAAAGUCAACGCAGAGAAAAAACAGUUGUCAUUAGGACUGAAGGCAUCUUACUUCAAACCUGAGAAAGAAAUUACACCAGAGCAUGCCGAGGAGACUCCUACACCCGAGAAGGAACAGUUUGAAGAAGAGGAAGAUCUCGUUGAUGGCGAAGAAUUGGCGGGGGAAGAGAAGAGCAGUGAAGAUGAAGAAUCAAGUGACGAAGGUGCAGGCUCUGAGGGACCAGCAUCCAAUUCAGGAUUGCAGGGUGGUCUAAGUUUAAGCGCUGAUUUUGAUUGGACCACAAGUAUUUUGGACCAAGCUCAAGAAUCUGAGUCUUCGGACGAAGAAUAUUUCACUGAUUCGAAACGUUCCAAAAACAAAAAGAAGAAGUUAGCUUCGAGUGUCGAAGACCAAACCAUUGAUAUCAAUACCCGAGCACCUGAAUCUGUUGGUGACUUCGAGCGAAUGAUAAUGGGUAACCCUAAUUCUUCUGUGGUCUGGAUGAAUUAUAUGGCGUUCCAGCUUCAGUUAGGUGAAACUGACAAGGCUCGAGACGUUGCUGAACGUGCUCUGAAAACAAUCAACUUCAGAGAAGAAGCAGAGAAAUUAAACAUCUGGAUUGCAUUGCUCAAUUUGGAGAAUACUUUUGGCACGGACUCAUCUCUUGAAGAAGUUUUUUCCAAGGCAUGUCAAUAUAUGGACUCUUACAUCAUUCACACAAAACUCAUCAGCAUUUACCAGAUGAGCCAGAACACUGACAAGGUCAAUGUUCUUUUUAAAGCUACGGCUAAGAAAUUCGGUUCCGAAAAAGUGGGUAUCUGGGUGUCAUGGAGCGAAUUUUUGAUUGUACAAAAUAGAAACGAGGAAGCCCGCCAAGUGCUGGCAAAUGCAUUGCAAUCUCUGCCAAAGCGCUCUCACGUUGAGGUUGUGCGAAAGUUUGCUCAGUUGGAGUUUUCAAAGGGCGACGUCGAACAGGGUCGCUCACUCUUCGAAGGUAUUCUGGCCGACGCACCCAAAAGAAUCGAUCUAUGGAAUGUAUAUGUUGACCAGGAGAUCAAGGCAGGGGAAAAGAAAAGAAUCGAGGAUCUGUUUGAAAGAAUCAUCAAUAGAAAGUUGACUCGGAAACAAGCAAAGUUCUUCUUCGGCAAAUGGCUUGAAUUCGAAGAAAACAGCGAUGACACGAAGACAGCAGAAUACGUAAAGGCAAAGGCAUCGGAGUAUGUGGCUAAGCUCGAAAACAAAGCUUCCGCUAGCAAUUAG